GCACGAGACGCAGAGCCUGCUUCAGUGAACAGUUUGCUCCUGUCGAUGUUGGCCGUAGAGAGACCUGAGUGAGAAGUCUGCAAAGCUCAGUCAAGCAAAAAGAAUUCCUUGCCAAAAGGUCAAGAUCAUCUCCACCAAGCAAUCAUUCAACAUGAAACAACCAGACAUUCCAUCUUCCAGCCCGUUACCGAACUUAGCUCCUGUCGAUGAACUCCUUCCGUUCGUCCCCCUCCUUCCCUCUGAUGUACAGUCCUUCGUCUCCAGCUCUGGCACAUCCUACCUCCCUAGCGACUCCGACGACCCCAAGCCCUCCUCCCAGCGCCGUGCCCGUCUUGCUUGUCGAGUCUGCAAGCAACGCAAGAUGAAGUGCGACGACCUCAACCCAUGCUCGCGCUGCUUGGAGUCGAGCGCGGACUGCGUGCGUGAUGGGGCUUUACCACCAGAGCAGCCGGCGGAGAAGAAGAGGGGGAGGAGCCAGACGAAGCAGGCGUGCACGUACUGCAGGGAGCGGAAGAUGAAGUGCGAGGCACAGCGACCAUGCUGGCGGUGCGUGAGGGUAGGGAAUGACUGCACAGAUGAUACGCCAGGUCCCUUGAGGAGAAUCGAGACAGAGGACUGAUGACAGAGGGACAUUGAAGAAGACAUGAAUGAGGUUGGUGGGAGGCAGGACGGAAGGAAAGGAGGAGCGCUCUUCGAGGCAAGAAGCAUUUGGUGGAUAAUGUCUGGAUGGAAAACUUCCCAAUUCAAAAUUUUGUAGCUGGUUGCAUGUCCAGUGAGAGUUGCCAUAAGUUCUGUUCA